AUGUUGGUAACAAAAGGCAUCGAACUGAUGGUGCCGAACGGAGAUCAAACGGCAUUAGAGGACAAGGAUGUAGCUAAUUGCUAUUGCUAUAUUCAAUUAGGUUAUUUAUAUAUGCAAGUUUUUUCUUUGGUUGUUGAUGGAUUAUGGUGUUGUGAUAUGACUGAAGUUUCUCGGAUCGCGCCUGGAAAAGACCUGCGGUGGCUUGCAUGUAUACUCUAUACAAACUGCAGAAGAAUCCAGAGCCCAGAGGUGAUACCUCAAACAAUACCAACUGCACUUGCAAGGAACGAUCCAGCUUCGAGCACUAUAGUUUUAGACCCUUCAAUGGAGUCCGGUCCGGUGCCUGAUAUAGAGAAAGCUAUAAUUUCCCGGCCAGUCACGUAUGUAGCACCAAUGAGCAGCAUCCUGCAGAUAAAGCCACAUUUUGAUGAAGAACCUUUCACUGUUUCUACCUUGUUGAACACACUUGGUUUGGGGAAAUACGCCGUUCAUUUUAUGGCUGAAGAAGUGGAUAUGACUGCAUUAAGGCAAAUGGGAGACAGGGACCUCAAAGAGCUCGGCAUUCCAAUGGGACCAAGGAAGAAACUUCUGCUAGCUCUUAGGCCCUAUUCAAGGAGGCAUCUUCCACGCAUCAUUAGACUUUAAUUUGAUGUAUUUAACUGAUGGAGUUUUCAAAUAUAUAUAUA